AUGACAGUAGAUUUUAGUAAAUUAACUACAAUAGGCGAAAUUAAGAAUGCCAAAGAUGGAAACAAAGAUGUUUUUACCGAGGAAGAAAAGAGAUUAUUUGAGGGUUCUUUAAGGAGUGAUAUUGAACAAGCACAAAAAGCAGCGGAGUUAUUAGUGAGGAUAAAAAAGGCGAAUGAAGAAAAGAAACCAAAUCCUAAGUUGAUUGAAGACUUAGAGGAUGAAAAAGAAGCAAGAUAUGGUCGGGGUUCAAUAGUUUAUCGAGCAUUAAAUAUUAAUGGUUUGGUAGAAAAAACAAUUGAUUAUUUGGUAUUUAUUGGUCGAACCGACCUUCCAAAAGAUAAAACUGCACGACAAGCAAAAAUUACGGAAAUAGAGAAAGAGAUAAGUGAAAAAAGAGUUGAGCGGGUUAAAAAUAAUAAGUCGGUAACUCCUUUAGAAAAUCAACUUAAAGGACUUCUUGAGGAUAGAAAAGAAGUAGAGAAAAUUGUGGAGAGAAAAAAUAGUUUAUUAGCUUUGCUAGGAGGAAAUCCGACAGGGGCAAAAAUUUCUCACAAUGGCAGUGAAAAACUAUUGAAUGAGAUCAAUAUUACUGAUAUUGGUGGUAUUCAAGAUUAUGCUGACCCUGCUAAUCCUGUAGCAGAUAAUACACACACCACGGUUGCAGAUGUUGUGACUUAUGCUGAGGGUUUUUAUAAUGCUAUUAGAGAGAACUACGGAACUCCACCUCCUACUUAUAAAACUUCACUUCCAACUCAUUAUUUCAAUAAUAGGACUUAUCAAAAUAAAGUUACUCUUACACAUUCUGAAGAUGGCAUUGGAUUUACUGUGUUAAAAGCCUUGCGAGAAGUUGGAUUACCAAAAUUAGAAGGAAUUAUUGAUGAUCUUAAUGAUUCCAAUCUCACUGGUGGUGUCACUAAAAGUGAUUUAAAAAAAUAUGCUAAGGAGAUAGUAGAAGGCAGGGUUAAUUGGGAAAAUUUUUUCGCACUCAUCAAUAAUAUAUUCCCGUUGGAUAGUGAUGAGAUUAUUUUUGUACAUGGUUUUGCCGAAGAAAUUCCUGCUGGUAAAACUUCUGGAUGGUAUGCUGCUCAACCCACUGCAAAUCCUGUGCUUAAAGAACAAGUUAAAAAAGGAUCUCAAGUAGCUAAAGAUGCAGAUUUUAAUGAAAAAAUAGCAAUGGAUUAUGAAUUUGAAAACGGACAAAAUAUGCUUCGAUUUUGCCUUACUAUGCGAGAACUUUUCUAUAAAUUAGGAAUAAGUUCAUCAAUAGAUGAAUUUGAUGAUUAUUUAUUAGAACUUAUUUCUGAAAGGGAAAUUGAUGUCAAUCUUGACAGAGAUACAGAACGAAAAGGUGCUUUAGAUAGUGAAAUUGAGAUUUUACAAAAAAAAAUCGGUGAUAUUAGGGGAAAGAAUGCUGAAAUUGAUGCUUUUAUUGCUUCCAAAAAAUUGGAGAUUGAUGCUUUGAAAGAACUUGAAGAAAUUUCAGAUAAACCUUUACCAGAUAAAAAAGCAUUUUUCGAUAAUCUCUAUGCUAAAAAAAGCAGCGACGGAAAAUGA